AUGGCAUCCACGUGGGACCCAAGCCCUGUGUCACCAGUGCCUACGUGUCCGGACCAGCAACCCUCAGUGAAGCCCACCAGCCCACUAAUCACAGAAACCCCAACCCUGCCCAUGACCAACAAGUCGCGUACCCCCAAGCGACAGGUCAGGCUACGAAAUCACUCCGCUCAGACAAGACUUGCCGCCAUUCCCACUUCCCGCGCCUCUGUGCUGCUUCGAAGGGUGAUUUUCGAUCCGAAAGUGGCGUCAUCCCCAAAGCCUGGAGUGGAAACUGAGCCUGGAGCAGACAUGGCAGCCAUUCUGCCUCUACUGAAACAGUGCAGUCGCUGCGGAUCGCAGCGUGUUCGACUACUACUCAUUGAGCGCUAUCCGGAACCUGCGCCGACACCCAGCACGGAGACGCCGUCCCCACGACCUCUUCUGCUGCGAAGGCGCGCCAAGCGCACGCUCUCAGGCGAGGUGUUGGAGGCACCAAAGCGGAGCGUAUCCACGAAACGUGAGAAUAGGCGUUCUGCUCGAUUCCACACUCAGCCCAUUUGGUGA